ACUUCCUCCUUCCCCUCCACCCUCCCUCAGUGAUGGCGGUGCGGGUCCGGGUUCCCCCCGGGGCCGCUCCGGAGCCGCUCCUCGCUCAGCUCCUGCCCUGCCGCGUCCAGCACGACGGGCCCGCCCCCGUGGCCGCCUUCCUGCGGGUCCGGCCCGGCCCCGGCGGCGAGCUCUGGGCCUCGUUCCGGGGGCGCCGCUUGGGGGGCCGGGAGCUGCCGCUGCCCCCCGGCUACACCGGGGCCGUGCUGCGGGGGGGGGCACCGGGAGAGCCCCCCCUGGGCGAGCCCGGGGACCCCCAGGCCGGCUGGGUGACGGUGACGGGGUCGUUCGGGGCCAUCACGGACUGGGGGGCUGACACCGCCCCCGACCCCGGCCGGGGCCUGGCCCGGGCCCUGCAAUGGGGACCCCUCGCCCGGGCUCUCCACGCCCCCGUGACCGAUGACAGCGAUGAGGAGGCGGAGCCAUGACCGGCCACGCCCACCGGAUAAACCACACCCACCUCAUUAACAAACCCGGCCACACCCAAUGGGUGGGGCCCAUCAGAACCGGUGUGCCUUAAGCCCCGCCCAGAGUGGGUGGAGCCUAUGGAAGCCCACCCCUUUUAAUUAAAAACCCAAAACUGUUCUCAGGAGGCUCCGCCCACAACAGAACCAAAUAUGGGUGAGGCAUUGAAGCCACUCCCACGGUGGGCGGGACCUGGCAGAGCCCCGCCCCUUUCCUGCUCAAUAAAGCGUUUGCAGCGCCAGUGUGGGCGGGG